AUGUCCAGACACAGAUUCCUCGUCCGGUCUCUCUCCCUCUAUGCUCAGGGUAUCCGACUAUCGUUGACACAAAAGGCAAUGACACUAACAGAGCCAGGAAAUAAAGUAACCAACGAACAUAUCUAUCGCUAUAACACCGGCCGCUUCCUAGUCAACGAAGAAUAUGAACUAGCCAAGCGCUAUUCCCCAUUCGACAUCGAAGCGCUAUGCCGGAUCGUCGCAUCGCUACCGUCUGUCAGUUCUCCUGUCAGUCAGGUGGUCAAAAAGGAGGGUGGAUAUAAUAAAGCGCUCCUCAUGACCGCGGAGAAUGGUCGGAUGGUCAUAGCGAAAGUGCCUUGUCGGAAUAUAGUUCCUAGGCAAUAUGGGACUGCUUCCGAAGUGGCUGUUCUUAGAUUCGUCCUGGCCUGGAGCGCCCACGAUGACAAUCCUGCCCACACGGAAUACAUUGUGCUCGAACCUUCACCUGGUCGCCAGUUAUCCGAAGUCUGGGAUGAACUUGAAGAAGCCCAGAAAUCAAUCCUCGUGCGCAAAUUCGCAGAGCUCGAGAGUAACCUUGCUGCCGUCGCCUUCCCGGGAUAUGGUUCCCUAUACUUCCGUAAUGCCUUGCCUGCAGCCCUGCAGAAAUCGAGACACCGGACUAUCGACGUGGAUGAGACGUAUUGUCUCGGGCCCAUGUAUCAUGGCUCCUGGCCUGGAGGAUUUGCUGCAGAUCCUGAGCAAUAUGCCCAAUUUUCAGGCCCAUGGAAAUCCUUGACGCAUCUCGCGCACGAUUUUGUCAACCAAGGCAUCUUCCAAAUAGAACACUACAAGUCUUCCUACGCUGGGCGCGGCCCUCACUUUGGCACCCCGGAAGAACACAUUGAUACCCUCCACAGAGCAAAGCAGGUCAUGCCCCUUCUCACCGAACUCCCAGCGCUGCAACGCCACGGCGGACCAGUUCUGUGCCAUCCUGACUUCCACCCGGGGAAUAUCUUCGUGUGUCGACAGGAACCAACCAGAGUAGACGGGAUUGUAGACUGGCAGUACGCUAAUAUCCUCCCACGAUUCAUGAAUGUGCGCUGGCCGCUGUUCUUGACCAUGGGGUGUGAUGCCGAGGAAGCCGGACAGGAGGAUCCCAAGUGCGAGGCGCAACGGAGGCAUGAGGAGGCUAUGCGGAUUAAAUGCUACGAGGCUGCACUGGUCAAGUCGCAUAUGGAGCCGUAUCUGGACCUACCUGAGCCGGACGUCGCAGUUCGCAAGCUAUUCACGCUCUGCUCCGAUACGUAUCGAGAUGGCAUCCUCCCCAUCCGCGACUGUCUGGUCAAGCUCUUCCAGUAUUGGAAGCAGUUGGGUCUGUCCAAAGAAUGUCCGUAUCACUUUUCUACGGCCGAAAUCGCUCAGCACGAGAGACAGUGGACCGAAUAUCAGGAUUGGCUCACCUUGCGGGAGUCUACGCAUGGACUGCUCAAGUCGAAUGACGGAGGUUGGAUACCGCCCGGGGUGAACUUCGAAGAGACCAAGAAUAAGCAUCAGUUGUUGUAUGAGCAUUUCAUUAGGACAAAGAUGAAAGAUAUGCCGGAAGAAGAGGCAAGGAAGUUGUGGUUCUUCAGGGAGAGGGGGUAG